UAUUUAAAUAUAAAUUAAUAUUCAUGUCGAUAGUCGAGAUAUUGCGUGCACAUUAAUAAUAAUAAUAAUAAUAAUAUUAUCUAACAUUAUAUUUUAUUCUAUUAUUCGGCCAUUCGGCGGCUAAUGGCAAACGUUAAAUGUUUUUUAUUUUUGUUCAAUUAUUAAUUCUCUUCCCCCCCUCAGUCACUACUUCUUAUUAAAUUCGCGCCGACUGUUCGACUACCUAGGAAUCAAUUAAAUUUAGUGGGGAUACCGCGAACGGUUUCCCGCGUGCUAUAAUAAAUCAUUUAAAAAUUAAUACGUAUUCUUCGAAUUCCCUACUGCUGCGACAGACAUAUGCUGUGAGCAGUCGUCAAAGUAAGCGCCGCAGUGACAUGUUCAAAAAAGACCUUUAAAGCUCUCGUACAAUAAAGUUCUUAAAGCAAAUUGGUUCUCACACACAUACGCCAUCAUGAGUGAUUCUGUGCCUUUACCGCCUUUGGUCAAGUUCUUCAACGGUGGACUAUCCGCGACUGUGGCCACCGUUAUAGUGCAUCCGUUGGACGUGCUGAAAAAUCGCAUGCAAAUGGCCGGACGCGAUGUCACUGCCACUGAAGCUCAAAAGUCCAUGGGCGGAAUCGUUCGUUCCAUGAUAAAGGAGAAGGGUGUUACUGCAUUUUAUCCCGGACUGUCAGCUGGAAUCUUGAGACAAGCCACGUAUUCGACUACGCGGUUGGGCAUGUACAACUCUUUGUUCACAAUUAUGACUGGGGAAGAUAACAAACCGCCUAAUCUAUUGGUGAAACUGGGCUUGGCGCUGGUGUCUGGAGUGACUGGUGCUGCUGUCGGUACCCCGGCUGAAGUAGCACUCAUACGAAUGACAUCUGACGGACAAUUACCAUUGUCCGAAAGACGUGGUUACACUAGUGUUUUCAAUGCAUUAGCCAGGAUUGCAAAGGAAGAAGGUAUUGCUACAUGGUGGAGAGGAUGUAUCGCCACAAUGGGAAGGGCAGCUGUUGUCAAUAUGGCUCAACUUGCAUCAUAUUCUCAAUCAAAAGAAAUUUAUCUCAAGAGCGGUUAUUUCAAAGAUAAUAUAAUAUUGCAUUUUGCUUCAUCAAUGACUUCUGGUGCCAUUACAACUGUAGCCUCACUGCCUGUGGAUAUUGCCAAAACUAGAAUCCAAAGCAUGAAAAUUAUUGAUGGAGUACCAGAAUAUACUGGCACAAUAAAUGCUAUGGUAAAAGUAGUUAAGAAUGAAGGUUUCUUUAAUUUGUGGAAAGGCAUUGUGCCAUAUUUUGCAAGAAUUGGACCUCACACUGUAUUAACAUUUAUAGCUUUAGAAAAGUUCAAUGAAGCAUAUAAAAUUGCCGUGUUUGACAGACAGUCAAAAAGUAAAAUAGAUUAGUUAUAAACUAAAUAAUUUAUUCAUACAUUCUUACAAUUUAUAUAUUUUGUUUUUGU